GAACCACAGCGACACGACAGCGGACGAGCGAAUGCGAAUUGAAGCGCAAUCAGCUUAUGAAUCCGGGACCUUUUGGCCAGCCAGCCAAUCACGUCGCAGCUUUUAGCAAGAUGUCCGCCCCCAUGAUGUCCACGGGAGUCUUACGGCAAUUGCUGCGCUCUAGAAGACAACUAUUGAAAUUACCGGAAAUUGAGCGGAAAUACCAAUCAAGAUCAUCGUUUGCAAUAGUACAGGGGAGAAAUUCGUCUUCAUACUGCCUUGAGCUAGUGAGGAAAUAUGACUAUGAGAACUUCCUGUGCACACUGCUGUUGCCGAGCCAUGCUCGUGCUGGGGCAAUUGCUGUUAGAGCAUUCAAUGUCGAGCUGGCCCGGGUGAGGGACACUGUCUCCGAGACCCAGAUCGGCUUGAUGAGACUCCAGUUCUGGUUAGACGCUGUUGACAAGACAUUCAGCGGCGCUCCACCUGAGCAGCCGGUGGCGGCUGAACUCUACAAGGCCACCCAGCGCCACCGCAUCUCCAAGGGCUGGCUGAAGCGGCUGGUCGAGUCGCGGAACCAGUCGCUCUCCAGCCAGCCGUUCGACUCGAUCCGCGCUAUGGAGGAAUACAGCGUAAACACGGUGUCGCCGGUGAACUACCUCGUCCUUCAGUGUCUAGACCUGGGCCUGUCUGUGGACUCGGAGCACCUACAGCUGGUGAGCCGGCUGGGCCGCGCGCAGGGCCUCAGCUCGCUGCUGCGCUCCACUGCUCGUCUCGCACCGCGCCGCAUCUGCUACCUGCCCUCCGACCUGAUGGCCCGUCACGCCGUGAAAUCCGACCGACUCUGGCGUGGAAUGGACGACCCGGCCAUCCGAGAGGUGGCCUUUGAGGUGGCCAGCGCGGCCAACAGGCACCUGGAGCACGUGAAGGAGAACCUAUCCAAGGUGCCGCGAGAGGCGCGCUCGGCGUUUCUGCCGGGAGUGGCGGUGGCCAGCUACCUGCGGCGGCUGCAGCGGGCCGACUUCAACCUGUUCCACCCGGCCCUGCAGCAGCGCGACGGCUGGCUCCCGGCCCGGCUGUGGUGGAGGAACUGGCGGGGCACGCUCUGACAUACACGGUAGUGAAUAUGCGGUUUUGUUAGUUCUUUUGAGGUCUGAUGGCACAGUCAAGGCACAGCGGUCGAACAUCGACACUAGCGGUCGUGGUUUCUGGUUGGCUGCUCAGCAAUGAAUUGAACCGGUUAGUGAGUUACAAAUUAUAUGUUGCAUCAUGUGUUGAUUUUAUCGUGGAAUGUGAACUAAAUAAAGUGACCCUAAAAUUUGA